UGUCUGCAGUCUAAUAAAAUGGCUCCUUUUAAUCUAAAAAUUGGGAAGGGCUCCCCCUGCACCGGCUCAGAUGGGAUGGAUAUGAAGGACUGUAUGGGAAUGUUAUUCUCUAGUCUGCAUGGUGGUUCUCAUGUACAUUCAAACCAUCAUAACACCCACAACCUUCAUUGGUCUGCUCACACCCAGGCAGCUGUACUUUCUAUUGGGAUUGUUUUGAUCGCCUACAUGUUCAUCGUUAUCUGGGUUGUUGGUAAACAAUUCAAGAAACUGGAUUUAGGACAGGAGGAGGAGUGUAGACGUGUUCUUGUGACUACUCCAACCAGCACAGAUAUUAAACAUAUCAA